AUGUUGUGCGAAUUACUGAUAGUGUUGGUAAUUGGUGGAGCAUUAUUUUAUCAUUGGGCCACUAAAAAUAAUGACUUCUUCGUUAAACGUAAUAUACCGCACGAUAAGGCCACCUUCUUGUUUGGCGCACUGAAAGAUGUGAACCUGAAGAAGAAAACCACCUUUCAACUUUUGUGUGAAAUUUAUCGAAAACAUGAAGGCAUGGUCUAUGGCGUUUUUGAAAAUCGUCAACCAGUUUUCUAUAUACGAGAUCCCGAUAUGAUCAAACAUAUAACCAUUAAAGAUUUCGAUCAUUUCAUUAAUCAUCGCAAUUUGCAACGUGGUAAUCGCGAUACCUUGUUGUCCAACUCAUUGGUGAAGAUGGAAGACGAUAGAUGGCGUGACAUGAGAAGUACUUUGACGCCUGUUUUUACUGGCAGCAAAUUGCGUCAAAUGUUCCAACUGAUCGUACAAUCGAUUGAUGAGGCCUUGGGCUAUUUAAGGGAGGAACAGCGUAAGAAUUCUGUCAACCCUGCGGAGGGUUUCGAAUUGGAGCUUAAAGAUUUUACAUCACGUCUAACCACUGAUAUCAUUGCUUCAACGGCAUUUGGUUUGCAGGUUAAUUCGUAUCGCGACAAAGAUAACGAGUUCUAUGUGACAUCGAAGAAUGUUAUCAAAUUUUCGGCCAAACAAAUUUUGAAGGUUAUGUUUAUUAUGAUAUUUCCGAAGAUUGCAGAGUAUUUGAAGGUCGAUGCCAUUGAUAAAAAGCAUUCGAGCUAUUUUAUGCAUUUGGUCUUGGAUGCCAUGAAGUAUCGCCAAGAGAAUAACAUACAUCGUCCCGAUAUGAUUAACUUGCUAAUGGAGGCUCGUGGUAUGAUACCAUCGGCCCAUGUCUCGAAAUCUCAAAACCACCAAUGGUCCGAUAUGGCGAUGGUGGCUCAAUGUUUUCUAUUUUAUUUGGCCGGUUUUGAGACCACUGCUGGUCUUAUGAGUCUAGCUAGUCACGAGUUAAUGGAAAAUCCUGACGUUCAGAAUAGACUUUACGAGGAAAUCCAACAAACCGAUGAAGAGCUAGAGGGCCAACAAUUGACUUAUGAGGCUUUACAGAAAAUGACCUACAUGGAGAUGGUGGUAUCUGAGGUGCUUAGAAAAUGGCCCAUACCCUUGUCUACGGAUCGUAUGUGUAAUAAGGACUUUGAGUAUGUCUCACCCAGCACAGGGGAACGUGUGGUCAUCAAAAAGGGCGAUGUUAUACGCAUACCCAUAUGUGGCAUACAUUUGGAUCCCAAGUAUUAUGAAAACCCCAAUGUGAUAGAUCCGGAGCGUUUCAAUGAGGAGAAUAAAUCGAAAAUACAAUAUGGCACUUAUUUGCCUUUCGGUAUGGGUCCUCGCAGUUGUAUUGGCAAUCGUUUUGCAUUGUUGGAGGCCAAGACUUUUCUUUAUUACCUUUUACGGGAUUAUCGCCUGGAACCAUCGCCCAAGUCUUGUAUUCCCUUGGUUUUGGAUCCUAAAAGUGUUAAUUUGAUGGCGAAAAAUGGUUUUUGGAUUAAAUUCAUACCAAGAAAAUCUUAAAUUUUUUAUCAUUCGUUGAAAGUUGAUUUUUAUUUUCCCAUUUCAAUAAACUGUACCAAAUUUUUUUUUAUCACAAGCCUUAAUAAUA